AGCGACUAUGCCAAGGCAGUCACGACUCUCUGUGUAUUACUAGACGUGAAUUUUUCAAGUGCGUGCUUCAAAAUCUAACAAUUUAAGCGCAAAUGAUUGAGUGGUGCGUUUCUUCUGCUACUGUUGAUAUUUCAGAGUAUUAGUGUGCGUGCUUGUGAAUGUACCGCUGAGCAACGAGGCAAAGCAAUAACGGCAACGUCAUAACCGGUCCGGUCGUAGUCUAGUAUUUUGACCGAGUUUUGGCAAUUUAUGGAAAUAAAUUCUAGGCCCUGCUGCAGGUGCUAACCAGCUUUUGAGUGGGUGAAGGUGUGAGUUCAAGGUUGUUCUUGAAACUAAGUCAGAGUGAAACGCUGAUGAUGAAGAUGGUGCACUCGGUGUGUUAGUUGGAGAGGUGAUAUGUGCGGAAUAGAGUGAGUUGAUGCUAAGUGCCGAAGUUGACCAGGUCAUACGAAAAGGUUCAAACCAUUGUGUCGCUGUAAUAGCUGCGUGCAUUCUGUGUAAAGUUUGACCAAGUGUCACAUAUUUCCAUAGCUGGGUCAUACAUUUGUAAUGUUACUUUCGAUCAUGUUACCCUGCUAGACAAAUGUCAUCAACUGCCGUAAGGUAUCUACGGUACCGGACACUUGUCAUUGGCUUCGUCCUUCAGCUUCACGAAAUCAACUGAAUUCUAUUUAGAGCCUGGAACACUUGUUUCGCUCGUUCAUCGAUUCCGUUUUCCGUUGAGCUUCAAACCGAUGUAGGAGGUUGAAUUUUUAAUAAGGUAUUACAUUUCUGAAUAAUUAAGUAGAUUUUCAUCGGUCGUCAUCCGCUUGGCACGAUUAUAGUGAAACUACUCCCGUACUCUAGUAGUAAUAUAACGGGCGUGAGCAAAAGUCCAUAACAACAAGGCGAAGUCGUAGUUUGAUUCAACCGUCAGUUGGCGCAGAACCUUCCAUGCUUUUCCACAGGAUCCCUGUGCUGGUCGCAGCGAAACAACGUAAUUAGAGUACCAGCUGCUACUUGCCUCCCGCCGGCAAACCAGACGAAUGAAAGAAAAAAAGGAAUAAAGUUCGUGAACAGCUAAAAAUAGUGAUAUUUUAUAGAAAACUGCUGCUUCAACCUAUUACCCCCUGGAGACCCCUUCAUAUCUCAACUCAGCAGAAGAUCAAGGCAUCCAAUUGCUUCAUAGUGAGUUGAUUAAUUAGCGUUCGGAUUAAUGCGCUUCUCCAAAACGCGUGGAAAGUGAAACGCCGGCAAGGUCAUACAAACGUAGUGUAAACAGUGAAAUAUAUUUAUAUUCAAUCAGAAGAGUUAUACAAUUACAAAGGUCAAGUGUUUCCGAAUUUGUUUGUUUUAAAUCACAUCAAUAAUUCAAAGUGCACCAAACCAAUUAAAAAACAUAGAAUAGUGUGGUUCGUAGUCAGCAUUAUUGAACUAGUAAUAUUCAAACGUAGUGGAAACCAAUAAUCGUAGCAGAAUUUUUGUGUAGAAGAAUACUAGCGUUCACGUGUGAUAUCAAAUCAAAAUAGUUCAUAUCAUUAGCGCACAGUGUAGACAAGUUUCUUCCACACUAAAUGAAGUAAGAAAGGAAAUGUGCUUCGGUAGCAGAUUUGGUUCACAGCAAGUUACUAUACGAAACGCACCUUCGAGUACACUAUCUAUCUUGGUAAAAUAGUGACCAGGAGUGUUAAAUAGUUCGACCAGGAGCCUUCUCAUCGGCUAUGAAGAUAACCGCUUAGUUUGGAUGUAAGAUAGUUACUUUAUCUGAGCACUUCAAAAUUAAUUGCAGUGUUCUUGUGGAGUACAUAAGAAAGCUGAACAAUCAAAUCGUGUGGACUCAUCGCGUCAAUCAACGCCGGAGGUGAGGAAUUCAGCUGGGUAACACAACCGCGGCAGCACCGGAAAUGUCCCUGCAAAGCGAGAACGACCCAACAAGCAACUCAGGUUAUGGCAGCUCCGAUGAAACAGCUUCCCUACUGAUGAUGUCCGCGAAUAGUAAUAACAACAAUAGUAGCAGCACAACGACAACGACGGGAUCAAGUAUCAUAUCAACCAUUAGUAAGUCUAGAAUGGCAUCGCACAGUUCUUUUAACGGACCAACAAAUCAACAAUCGACGGCAAGUACCGGCAGUGCCAGUGUUGCCAUUCAACCAUUGCCUGUUAUUCUGCCUGGCAAUACAAACAAUAGCAGCUCCUCUGGCAGUAGUGCUAACAAGCCUAUUUUAAUACGACAAGACAGAACGUCAACAUAUCUAGCCAGUCCCCAACUAUCGGCAACCGAACUGGGUGGCUCAGAAGAGAGCGGCCAGGGGGACGAUGAUCAACAUAAUGCACGCUCUGUGCCCGACAUAGAAAUGCACUGCCGACUCGAUGCACCGGCAAUAGCCGUUUCGAACUCGUGCCACAGUGAUGGGGGCCGAGGGACGACGGCAACAGGUGCUGGUGUUGGAGCUGGCGGAUAUCAACUAGUGCCCUACAACAGAUGCCGUGCCUGUCGUAACUGUGAUAGACGUGCCUCCACCACACCGGUGUCUUCACUGCAACUCACCCGUUCUGUUUCGAAAGAAAGCGUUAGAAGCGUGCUCCACAGUCGACUUACGGUUCAACACUCGACUAUCCCGCCAGUGCUGAUUACCUCAUCACCAACGUCCGGUUCCAGAAUCAUUCGCCAAAGUUCCCAACCCGAAGCCAGUUCGAAUAUCUGCUGUGGUAGCCAGUGUGCGCAUGCCUGUGCACAACCUAGCUCCUCACUGCGGCAGUUACGCGAACCAGGCGACGGAAUCGCUGGCAUUGCAGCAGAUUCACUGCGAAUUAACGGUGGCAUGCGGCAGUUCAAACAGCUGGUGGCGCGCAGAAAGGAGAAGGAAAAGGAAAGGGAAACGGAAAAGGGUGUGCUACUCUGCCCACAGACUUUAUCGCAAAGUAGGAGAACUCGUCUGCGGAGGGCUUUCACCGAGGCUACGAAUGAAACUGUCAAUUACGCUAGAACGACUGUUUUCGUCAAUCAAUUCCCUACAGGGUGA